UUUGGAUGCUGGUGCCCUAGAAUAUAAAUGUACACCUAAACGCGAAAGAAACACUGAACGAAAUCAAAUGGCAAACACAGCACGGUUACAAGGAGAUUCAGCGAGACUUUUCAGUGAAGGGAUUGGGUUGGUUCUGUAUCGGUGGUCGGCACUUCGAACCGCCGUUGAGAACGAAUGGGGCGGCCGCGAGUCACGACUCAAAGCCGAUCAACUCGCCGCCGAUCUACUUUCCUGGUUCACUCAAUCCAAAGAGCCACUUUAUAUCGAUGACUUAGAAAGCAUACUCGAUGAAGGAAUGCUUUCUCUCAACGUAGAGGUUGAAGAUGGCAGCAUUGAAGAGGUAGCUGAAAAUCUAAUGGUUAUGCAUGAAGAGUGCUUACAAGGUAAUUUUAGGUCUAUCGAGAUUCUCAGGGAAGCCAAUCUUAAGCAAGCUGCUCAUCCUCAAGUAACGCAGAUUGUAAAUGAUGAUGAAGAUGAUGAUGAUGAUGAUGAUGAUGAGAACAUUAGCGGGGUUGAUAAUUCUUCAAACAUGGAUCUGGACAUUCCUAAAUCUGAAUCAAAGUUGAAUUCGGUGAACAAGCCAGUUAAUGGGCCUCUGACAAAGGUUUCAGGUGAAGCAGAUGAUGGAUGGGUUGUAGUUUCAAACAAAAGAAAUAAAGGUAGAAAAAAUUAGAUGAAAAAUCAUUUAAAAUUUUCUGUUUUAAGGAUGUGUAGUCUUCCUCUGUUUUCUUGUGCUUUUUGAGGUAUUGCAAACCUUCUUGAGGUGUGUAACUAUGUAUCCGGAUUUUUUGUUUCCUUAUUUAAAGUAAUCUAUCUGAGUUCUUUAGAAGAAAAUAGAUGGGCAUAUAUUUUGGGAAAUCCUGCA